UUUUCUACCGUAUCAGAAUAAGAAAAUGUUUGGAAAAUGAUCGGACAUCAUUAUGGCUAAUUUUACUUUCUGCUAGAGAGGUUGCUUUAUGUCCAUGUUUUUCAGCAGUUUUUUAUCUGAGUCAUGCAAAAUGGCCGAAGAAAGAGCAAAGACCUUCAAAUUUGUCCCCUUAGCAUUUCCUAGCCGUGAAAUGCUUUUAGAGAAAACCCAUUGCUACCAAUAUGUGCUAUGUUAUUCGUGCCACAUAGCUACAAUUCCAUUCAUGGCUGCUCUGCUAAUGUCAAAUACAAUUCUAGCGAUGGCUGCCUAGUCAAACGCCUAACCACGUGCGAGGCAGCAAACUUUCGUACUAAUUCUAAAAUCUAACCCCCCUUUCCCUAUGGGGGGCUAGAUUUUAGAAUUAGUUAAAAUAUUUGUUGGAUUGUAAAUCUUUCCAAAGAAUUUGUUUCUGGCCUUGAAAAUCUUUUAGGCAGGGCAUUCUCCUCAACCAUCGACCGCAUUGCCUAACCUUUGUUUUUUCGACUGAUUAUGGAAAUAUAUUGUAUAAGGAAUAAUUUAAGCCCUUACAACAUUUUCAAAAAUUCACCAAAAUCACGUGAUCGGUGACGUCAAAAAGUUAGUUUUACAAGACUAAAAAUCAUUCUAACUUCUCAAGUAGACGUCCGAUUUCAAUAUAAGAGCCAGAUUCGGGCUCGCCUGAAUAACAGCUUUCGAAUGAUGUAUACAAAUAUACAUUUUGAUAAUGUCAGCAUUUUUAUACAGUGACGUCAUCACUUUCAAAAUGGCGGUCGACCAGCAAGUAGAUUCCACUUUGUUUCCAUAACGACUUAGUUCUACCGCAGUUGAGCGCCCCAUGAUAAAGGAGAGCGAUGAUGUUGAAUAUCAAGUGUAUUUGAAUAACACACGAUGAAUGUCACAUUUAAAUUAUAACUAACUAUGAAGCGUGGGAAUGUCGAAGAUAGUCUGUUUCUAAUUUCAGAACAAGUUGUUUAGAGGUAUAAGUUGCCUCCGAUGUGUUCGAACUUAGAACUGGCUGCUGACAAUUUUCUCUUUCGUUGAAGAUACUAAGUUUUCGGGUAGUGAAAUGAUGGUUUGUUGCAAAGGAAAUAUUUAAUAGAAGGUAAGCAAUCUUGUAUUGUUAUUUUUUGUAAGUUCAAUUGACGCUUUAUGGUCUUCCUGCGCUUACUUUUUAAAUUUUAUAUCUAUUAUUCGUCUGUAUACAAGAGUAGACAUUUAGUUAGAGACAUUUCCCCGUUGUCAACUGAGUUCCUAAUUUUAUUUGAGGUUUGGUUUCUAUGGAUACAUCUAGUUCAGAGCCUCUAUUUAGUCCGGCAAGGUAUAAGGACAAGGAACUUUGUUUGAUUUGUUCCAAUGAAUUCAAGCAAAAAGAUAUUGGAAAUUCUCUUACAAACACUGGUUGGAAAAAAUUCAAAGAGAAUGCGGAAAAGUGGAGCAACAUUGACAUCCCGUUUAGUGAAAGUACACAUAGGUUCACCGAAGUAUUUCCAAAAAUCCGCAGUCUCGACGACCCCUUCGGAAAGGUGCACAAGAGUUGCAGAGCCGUAUUUGAAAACAACAGCGAUCGCUUCAAGCAGAAAUAUGGCCUUGUGAAUGACUCGUCGGAUCCAUGUGAAGACUCAGUUAUUAAUGGCAAUGAUGAUAGUACGGUGCCAUCGCCAAGAAAGAGAGUAACAAGAAGUCGCCAAAAAGGAAGCCUAAGAAAAGAAAAAUGUUUUAUUUGCAACGAGGAAAAAGGAACGGACCUUUUAAAAGGAUAUAACCAAGGAGGAAUUGGCCGAUGCUCUGAUACAAAUGCUGCCAACAAAAUUUUAGAGAGAAAAGAAGCAUAUCUUGCAGAUAAGGGUAGUCGCUUUCAUGAUGCCUCGCGAAGAUUAGAAUUACUGCUAAGUGGCGAAUCCCAUGACAUAUUUGCCGUUGAUGUCUAUUACCAUCAAGCAUGUUAUUUGAAGUAUACUCACUCAGCCUGGCUUAAAGAAAAAAGAGCUGAUGUUGAAGAUGCAAGAGAAGAGCACGCACUUCAAUCCUUUUUUUACAAAUUCCAAUCCAAAAUCAUUCGUGACAAGCAAGCCUUUCUUUUGCACGAGCUUCUCAAAGAUGUUGCAUUAAUAUCCGAGGAAAUAGGUUUGAAUGCACCAGUUAUUCAGACAACUCAAACUUUGAAACGAAGAAUCAUCGAUGAGUGUGGCCCUGAGAUAUCUUUCUACAAUUCUGGCAAAUACCUUAUAGUGCAUGCAUCAGAUGUCAACCCGUGUGAAUAUGCAAUUGCUACGUUGCAUGGCUGUGGACUUAGAGACGAUGAUCUAUCAAAAGCAUUUGGCAGGAUGGUUAAGCGUAAGUUAGAGGCAAGGAGAAAUGCUCCAAGACAAUGGCCUUGUACAACUGAAGAGAUACUGAGCCAGCUUGACAGAGGGCCACUUCCAGAAAUUUACAAUGCCAUAUUUUAUACUCUGAAAGAUUACGGUGAAAAGAAUGAAUAUGGUUACAAUAAAACGAUCUCACGUGUUAGGGCGACAAAGAUCUGGUCCUUAGCAAGCGAUUGGGAACACCUCAUAACCAAACAGCCAUCUCCUAAACAGGCGAUCUUGGGCUUAGUUCUUCAUAGAAUUACUGGUAGCAAAGAGAGUAUUAACUAUCUGCACAAGUUAAACCACAUUGUUUCAUACAAUGACAUUCGACUACAGAAUAUGGCUUGGUCAAGAAUGGUUAUGUCCAAAAAAGCUGUAACUGCUGGUCUCAGAAAAGGCGUAGUCACACACAGCACCAUUGAUAACAUUGAUGCGGCACAGGACACAAUAACUGGUGCUGGGACAACCCAUUUCACCAAUAAGACCGUUUUUCAGCUUUUACGAGGCGACCAAGAUGUACUACCAACAAUAGCGGAAUGUCCACAAACACCAUUGAGCAUUGAUGACGAGCCUGAAAUGCAGUCAGUUGAAGUUCCAGAGUAUAGCUUGGGAAAACGUUGCGGACCUUCAGUUUUUUCUAAGUUCAACGAUAGCAAAGACGAUGGGCUACUAGACGAACGUUUCAAGAAAGAUUUUGCGUGGUCACUUGCCGGAUUUCUUCCUCUCAAAAUUGAAAAUGAAGAGCUGCCUUUACUUGGUUCGUGGACUGCUUUCCAGCGCGCGAUCACAGCUUCAGAAACAAAUGAAUGCAUUGUUGAAUACUUGCCGAUGACUCCUGAGACGCCUGACUAUCCAGUAUGCAAGGAAUACCUUGAUUCUCUCUUGGAUAUGAUUAGAGAACUCGACAUAGCUCAUAUUUUUGUUCGUGCGGAUGAAAUGGUGUAUGCAAAGAUAUACCACAUUAUCUGGAAGAAUCCUGACUUGUAUAGUCAGAUCAAAGUGCUGAUGGGUGGCUUUCAUCAACUGAGGGUUCAUCAACGCCUUAUCCAUAAAAGGCACGCAGUUAAAGGUUAUAAGCAAUGGUGGAUUGAUGCAGAAACUGUUGCGUCUGGUUCUGCUGAUCAAGCGAUGGAGGGUGGCCACUACUAUCGUUGUAUGCGUACACAUAAAGAAACUUUUUAUGCACUCAUACAAUGCUUCGUCGAAGACAGCACAAAUGAUCUUGCAAACGUAGAUAAAAGAUUUCUCGGGGCUCUGGUCUCACUACGGCAGAGUCCUUCAAAGUCUACACUGGAGAAUGUGAUGGCAAUGCAAUCAUUCAAAGAUAUGGUCGCUUCAUUGUUGGACGAUGUAAAGGGUACAGAAAAACGCCUUACAAUCGCUUACUUGAAGGAUGUGUCUGCUUUGUUGAGUAUGGUAGCAGCUGUGCGGGAAAGCAACAUUGAGCUACACUUGCAAGCAGAACGAAAUAUGAUUCCGCUUACAUUCGCAUUCAAUCACAUCAACUAUGCCCGCUACUGUACCUACCAGCAUGUGCUUCUCCGAACAUGGCAGGAAGAGCAAUCUCCAGCAUUCCAAGAAUUAAGCGAAUUAGGAUUUGGAGGCAGCAUCACAGGGGACAAAUUCUCUGCAAUUCAUGGCGAUCUACACACAGAGUUGUUUAAUCGAGAAGCUAAAGGGACUGCAGGUCCAUACAGGUCUGGAUUCAGCACAAACGUCAAUGCAGUUAACACCUGGAUUGCUACGUCUCACAUUCAUAGCAAGUUGAGAGUCACCCUGAAGCAACAGCUGUUCUUAAAGACGUCAUCAGUUCACAAGGAGAACACUCCAGGUGGGAAAAAGCUCCAUCAGAAGCAUGUCGAUAGCCUUAAAAGAACUCUUCGAAGCUAUGGCACUAACCCAUUUUCUGAUGCUCCUGCAAAAUCCAUUUCAACUGGUGAAGAAUUGGAUCCAGAAAUAGCUAAAGACCUCCUUGAAGCGCCGAUUAUAGGGGAAGAGAAAAUGCUUCAGUUCAUAGAUGAUCGCUUGAUUACUGGCAGCGUUGACUUCUUCACGCCGAUCAAGAAAACAAAGCUGAAGACAGGUCUAGAAAAGGUUAAACGGAUUCCUACAGCUAUUGCCGUGCUCAAGGAAGACAGGCAGGCCUUUGGACUACUCGUUUCAAAAGCAGGAAGUCUGCAAGAGGCAUUUACUCAUCCAAUUACAACUGUCCCUCUUUCAAUCGCUACAGCUGACUCAACUUUGCGUCAGUCAGACAAAGCGACUUUACAAAGAUUCUUAAUCGAAGAGUCACAAUGCAUCAAAGAAGCGCCUCCGAAGUCUACCGUUUGGAUAGUAGAUGGAAUGGCAGCAGUUCGCUCCCUCAAGCCAAAGCCAACGUACCGAGCAUGGAUGAACAGCCUAAUUAAAUUUGUUACUCCUAAAGCUGAAAUGAAUGCGAGUGAAGUACACAUUGUGAAUGACACCUACCUUGACAAAAGUGUGAAGAACGACACCAGAAAGAAACGUGGUGAACCUGGGCCUAGAGUUCAUUUAGAAGGAUAUGACCAAAAUAUGUUGCAAGGUUCAAAAUGGCACGAGUUACUGUACCGGAAUGAGAACAAAACUGAUUUGAUUAGAAUGAUUGCACGAUUUCUGAAGGAAGAUGGAUGCUAUACUGGUGCUAUACCACUUGUUUUUACAUCAUGUAAUGCAACGUUUAGAGUUUACAAUGGAAGGGUGCAAGAAAUGGAGAAAUGUAAUCACGAAGAGGCCGACACAAGGUUGAUUUUACAUGCCGUAGAGUCUAAACAGGAUGUUGUCAUUGUUGCAAAAGAUACAGAUGUGCUCGUAUUGAUGGUUUGGGCUUUCGCUUUUCUUGAUGUAGAACGCAAAUGGUUCUUCAGAAAAGAUGAUGGACAAUUUGCAGAUGUGGGAGAAAUCUGUUCACAUUUCGGAAGAGACGUUUGCCUUCAUCUACCAUCUUUACAUGCUUUAUCUGGCUGUGAUACUACAUCCUAUUUCUACAACGUAGGAAAGGUAAGGUUGUUGAAGACAGUCAUCAAGAACCCGCGAUACCUUGAACUGCUUGACAGCCUUGGAAAAGAAAAAAUGAUUGGUGACAGCGAUAUACAAGAUGUUCAAAAGUUUGUUCAAGUUGUAAUGUAUCCUGGCAAGAAUGAGGAAAGCUAUGUGGCAACAAGAGUAAGAAUGUAUCACAAAAUGAAAGUAAAGUCUUCCUUAAGCCUCCCUCCUGAUCCACACUCGCUGAAGCAAGCUAUUCUGAGAGCGCACUGGCAAACCUACUACUGGUUGCGUUGUACAGAACCAUCUGUUGAAAAUAUUUCAUUUGAAGGUUGUGGCUGGAAAUGGUCUUCUCAAGGGUCUUCACUGAAACCCGUUUGGUUCACGUGCCCCCAACUGCCCCCUUCUUUGCGGUCAAGACGACGAAACAAGAGCCGACUUUCAGAAAGCGAUGGGGCAGAUGUCGAAAGUUACUGUGAAAACCCCCCUGCUCCAAAGAAACGCAGGAGAUGUGCAAAGGUACUGAAACAGACUCGCUGUGUCGAUGACGAUAGUGCUAGUAACGAAGAAAAGGAAACAUCAAACCAGUCAGACUCUGACUUAAAUAGCACUGGGCUUUCUGAUGAACAGAACAGCGAAUGGGAAGUUUCUGACUUCAGUUCCUCGGAGGAUUCUGGCGAUGAAUGGAUUCCUUAAGACGAAUUGUUAUUAAUUUUGAAAAGUUAAAUUGAGUCCUGAAGAACAAUUAUACUAAAAAAAAAUGCUGCAAAACGAAUCAGAAAUGUUUUUGAUUAUAUUAGAGCUCUUAUCUUGAAAUGUAAUGGUCGACCGCCAUUUUGACAGUAAUGACGUCAUUGUAUAAAAAUGCUAACAUUAUCAAAAUGUAUAUUUGUAUAUAUCAUUCGAAAGCUGUUAUUCAGGCGAGCCCGAAUCUGGCUUUUAUAUUGAAAUCGGACGUCUACUUUAGAAGUUAGAAUGAUUUUUAGUCUUGUAAAACUAACUUUUUGACGUCACCGAUCACGUGAUUUUGGUGAAUUUUUGAAAAUGUUGUAAGGGCUUAAAUUAUUCCUUAUACAAUAUAUUUCCAUAAUCAGUCGAGAAAACAAAGGUUAGGCAAUGCGGUCGAUGGUUGAGGAGAAUGCCCUGCCUAUUUGCCUAGAGCUAGGAUCGAAUUGUGAAAAGAGAAUGGAUGUACAUCCUUUUGAUCCAAAGAAGCCCUUUGCGCUCAUCGUUGUAGGUAACUGAGGAAUUUAUAACCUCAAUUUCCCAUUCUACAUCUGAUGGGCGUUUUAAAGACCUUUGUUUUCGAGUAUCCGAUGAAAUAAAAGUAUGACUUCUGCAAAAACUUGAAUUUGAAUUUGAAGUUUGGUUUCUAUGUCAAAGAUAUUUUAUAGAUAUAAGUAUCCGGUCCGACAGUUUCUUGGUUGUAAGACAUUUGUCAUUA